AUGAAACAGGCCAUCACAGCAGAGCAGAUCACCCAGUGGUUCACCAUUGGAGCCCAGUUCGCCAACGUGAGAAUCACUGAUGAGCCUAAAAAGGAGAGCAGAGCUGAUCCUCUCGGUCAGGGAUCAGGUCCUGAUGUGAGCAGUGUGGUGAAGGACGGAGCAGAGGGAGGAGAGAAGAGCAGGAGGAGUGAACUCCUCACCGGUCCAGGGACCUCUCCUCCUCCUCCUCCUCUGGCCAGCUACAAAUAUCCAGCCCUCCCCAUCACCAAAAACAGACAGGAGCUGAUCUCUCUGAUCGAGAAUAACUCAGUGGUGAUAAUCCGCGGAGCGACAGGCAGCGGGAAAACAACACAGCUCCCUCAGUUCAUUCUGGAUUAUUACAGUGAGAAGAACGCCCACUGUAACCUGGUGGUCACUCAGCCGAGAAAGAUCGGAGCGUCCAGCAUCGCCCGCUGGGUCGCACGUGAGCGCAAGUGCACACUGGGCAGCCUGGUGGGGUAUCAGGUCGGUUUGGAGAAGAUGGCGACAGAACACACUCGGCUGAUCUACAUGACCACCGGAGUUCUGCUGCAGAAACUGGUGCGAGCAAAAAGCCUGAAUGAGUUCACACACAUCUUUAUAGAUGAGGUACAUGAGAGGACUGAGGAACUGGACUUUCUGCUGUUGGUGGUGAGAAAGCUACUGCAGUCCAACUCACGCUACAUCAAGGUAAUCCUGAUGUCCGCUACAAUAAACUGUGCGGAGUUUGCGGAAUAUUUCGGAACGCCUGUGCGUUCUCAAAUGAACCCAGCGUACGUGUUUGAGGUGGAGGGAGCGCCGUACGCUGUGGAGGAGUUUUAUCUGGACAACCUCAGGAACAUCCUGCCCUUCAGAGUAAAUGUGGACCCCCCUCACCCUGACGACCCCUACAUUACUGUAGAGAUGUAUAACGUUGCCGUCAGCCUCAUCCAGAGCUUUGAUGAGAUGGAGGCCAAAGAUCAGAGUCGUGCGGAGCAGGGUGGGGGGCCGUCCCUGCCGGAGAGGGGCAGCGUGCUGGUGUUUCUGCCCGGACUGGCGGAGAUUCACUACAUGCAGGAGGCUCUCUCCAAACUCGUCCGCAAAAGGCUGCAGGUUUACCCGCUGCACUCCACAGUGACUCUGGAGGAGCAAAACGGAGUCUUCUUGGUUCCCGUGCCUGGAUACAGGAAGGUCAUCCUGUCCACUAAUAUUGCAGAGAGCUCAGUCACAGUGCCGGACGUUAAAUACGUGAUUGAUUUCUGUUUGGCGCGUCACCUGGUCUGUGAUAAAGAGACGAACUACCAGUCUCUCCGUCUCACCUGGGCAUCCAAAACCAACUGCAACCAGCGCCGAGGUCGUGCUGGUAGAGUUUCUAAGGGGUUCUGUUAUCGUUUGGUAACCAGAGAUUUCUGGAAUAAAGAGAUUCCGGAUUACUCCGUGCCGGAGAUGCUGUGUUCUCCGUUGGCCAGUAUCGUUCUGAAGGUGAAGCUGCUGGACAUGGGUGACCCUCGCUCACUGCUGUCCACCGCCCUCACCCCCCCGAACCUCAGCGACAUCGAGAGGACCAUCCUGCAGCUCAAAGAGAUGGGUGCUCUCUCAGCGAGCAGCAGCUCUCAGAAGCGCUUUGACGGCGUGUUGACGUUUCUGGGUCAGGUUCUUGCUCACCUGCCGGUGGAUCUGCACCUGGGGAAGAUGAUCGUCCUCGGAAACGUGUUCGGCUGUCUGGAGGAGUGCCUCAUCAUCGCUGCAUCUCUGUCUCUGAAGAGUUUCUUUGCGAUGCCGUCUCUGCAGCAGCUUGCCGGUUACAGGAGUAAGCUGGCGUUUGCUCAGGGCGUUCCCAGUGACUGCAUCGCCUUCGUCAACGCCUUCAAGGCCUGGUACACCUCCAGAGCGAAAGGAGAGUUCAGGCACCCAAAGGAUGAGCUGGAGUGGGGAAAAGAGAACUGCAUUCAGAUUAAGCGGAUCAGAGAGGUGGCUGAGCUGUUUGAGGAUUUGAAGAAGAGAGUGUCUCAGUUCAACAUGGACAUCACAGAGAGUUCAUCUCCAUUAGACUACACCAGCCUGCACAAACAGAAGUUCAUACUGCAGGUGGUGAUCGCAGGAGCUUUCUACCCAAACUACUUCAUCCAGGGGGCGAUAGAUGAGGAGCUCGCCUCUAAAGAUCUCGCCGGAAACGACCCCAGGACCACCGUACUGGUGCGGAACCUGCCUCCAUUUGCGUUCCUCUACUAUAAGCAGCUGCAGUCCCUCUUCCGGCAGUGUGGGCAGGUUAAGUCCAUCUCCUUCGAUGGCUCCAGGGCGUAUGUGGAGUUCUACCGCUCGUCGCUGAGGGGUUCUGGUGUUCUUCCAGAAGUUUCUCUGUCUCUGCUCCUGGCCCAGCAGAGGCUUCCCCUCUACCUGCAGGUCCAUCCAGCGGAGGAGGUGGAGGCUCGGGCCGGGGGGAAGACCAUCUCACACCUCAAAUACGCGCGGGUGAAUGUGGAUUUUCAGAGUCAGUCUGUGUAUCCUGUUGGAGUUCUGAGCAGCAGCAUUGACCCAGAGAAGCUGCCCUCGAGUCAGGUCUUCAUUGUGAACAUCACUGAGGUGGUGGAGGUGGGUCAUUUCUGGGGUUUCCAGGCGGAUGAGGUCAGUAUGGAGAAACAGAGGCAGUUGACCACAGCGAUUAACCUGCGGGAGCUGCAGCCGGUGCCUGUGUCUCUGUACCCGAACUUGCUGUGUCUCGCUCCGUUUUACGACACUCACACACAGACUGAACCCGCCAGCUACUACAGAGCCAAGAUACUGCACAUACUGGGCAGCAACGUGGAGGUGUUUUUCGUGGACUUUGGGAACACCUCUCAGGUGCCGUGUGACCGUCUGAGAGAGCUUCCUGCUGACCUGCUGACUCCACCCUUUCAGGCCCAGGAGUUUGCUGUAGCAGGUUUGGCUCCAUCGGCCCAGUCCAUGAUUUUGGGAGAUCAGUGGAGCAGCAGAGCCAGGAACCGCUUCAUCACUCUGGUCAGCGGCCGGUCACUCAUCGUCUCCCUCUACUCCAUCCUGCACGGGGUCAUGCGUGUUGACCUCCACGUCUCCAUGGAAACGGGCGACAUCAGUGUGGCCGACCUCCUGGUGCAGGAGGGCCACGCCCGCUACGCGCCCGAGAGCUUCGAGAGCCAGCAGUCCCAUGACGUGUUGGUGGGUCUGUAUCAGGACCUGAAGAAGGGCACCUUCACCCCGAGCUCCACCAGCAGCUCCUGGAAGAGCCGCAAAGAGGAGGAGAAGCAGCUCAUCAACUCUCUGCUGCUGUCCUUCUCCAAAACCACAUACAGCGCCCCCAAGAGCAAGGUUCCGGUGCACGGCCCCUCCAGCCCCCACAAGGUCACUUUCUACAACAUGAGUGGAGUCACACAGUGCAGGUCAGUUGCCAUAGAGAGGGACAGUAUAAACUCAGUGUUGGUGAACGACCAUCCGCAGGACAAACAUGAGAGGAUGCUGGUGGCAGGAUCUGUUUCACUCAACGCAUCAGGUUCAUGUAUUCUACUUAAAGAAACAACCCUGAUGCCUCAUAUCCACGGCCUGCCCGCCCUCAUCACCAUGCUCUUCACCCCCAUCAUGGAGUUGCGUACUGAUGAAGAGAGAACCUGCUUUACUGGUGCUUUGUGCGGUCUAGGAACAAACUCCAACUCCCAAGAGGCCGUGCUGCCAGAGCAUGACAUUGAGCUCUCCUUCGACGUGAAGUUUGAUGUUGAGGACAUCACAGAGAUAAAUGCUCUGAGAGAAGCGAUGAACAGGUUGGCGUGCGAUGGUCUGAACGGCAUCAGAUACCUGGGUCCAGAGCGGAUCAGUACUCUGCAGGAUGACGCUCGGGAUCGACUCAUCAGGCUGUUCUGUAAAACUCCCUCGAGAGAAGAUCGCACUCCUGUUUAUUACGACAAACCAAAGAGGUGGAAUCAGGUUGACCCGUCCCAGCAGAUGGAGGUGGUCCAGAAGGAUAACGACAGAACUAAAGGGGUUCUGUUUCGGCUGCAUCCUGUAACUCUUCUGAAUAUGUGAGAGCUUCGGUUGCUAUGGUUACUCGCACUGUUUAUUUCUUUGUUACGGUGUAAUUGUGUAGUUUAGGGCGUUGUACUCCACAGCCCAGUGUUCUGAUUGGAGGUUUG